AUGACAGUUGGACAACUUGAUUCGUCUAUUGUUAAAAUUACAAAUUCUGCAAACAAGUCAGAACCAUUGCCAAAUGAUAAAUUAAAUUUUGGAAAGACAUUCACUGAUCAUAUGUUAACAGUUGAAUGGACAGCUGAAUUUGGUUGGGCUGUUCCAGAAAUUAAACCUUACGGUAAAUUAGAGAUUGAUCCAUCUUGUUGUGUCUUACAUUAUGCUUUUGAAUUGUUCGAAGGUUUAAAAGCAUAUAGAACUAGCGAUGAUAAGAUUACUAUCUUUCGUCCAGAUAUGAAUAUGAAACGUAUGAAUAAAUCAGCUGCAAGAAUUGCCUUGCCAACUUUUGAUUCAGAAGAAUUAAUCAGUUUAAUUGGUAAGUUGAUUGAACAGGACAAGCAUCUUGUACCAGAAGGACAAGGUUAUUCUUUAUAUAUUAGACCAACCAUGAUAGGUACAACCGAUGGUUUAGGUGUAGCUGUACCUGAUAAAGCUAUGAUUUUUGUAAUUUUAUCUCCAGUAGGUCCAUACUAUAAGACUGGUUUUAAAGCAGUAAGAUUGGAAGCAACCGAUUAUGCAACUAGAGCCUGGCCAGGUGGUUGUGGUGAUAAAAAAUUAGGCGCUAACUAUGCCCCAUGUGUAGUACCACAAUUACAAGCUGCUAACAGAGGGUAUCAACAAAAUCUGUGGCUGUUUGGUGAAGAAAAAUAUAUUACUGAAGUGGGAACAAUGAAUGUGUUCUUUGUUUUUAAGAAUACAGAAACAGGUAAAAAAGAAUUGGUUACAGCUCCAUUGGAUGGUACCAUCUUAGAAGGUGUUACAAGAGACUCUGUAUUGACUUUGGCAAGAGCUAGGUUAUCACCAGAAGAAUGGGACGUUAAUGAACGUUACUUUUCGAUUUUGGAAGUUGAAGAAAGAGCUGCCAAAGGUGAAUUGGUAGAGGCAUUUGGUUCAGGUACUGCUGCUGUAGUCUCACCAAUCAAGGAAAUAGGAUGGAGAGGUAAAGACAUCCAAGUUCCACUACUCCCAGGGGAACAAUUUGGUGAAUUGACUAAAAGAGUUUCUGAGUGGAUUGCAGACAUUCAGUAUGGAAGAGAGGAAUUUAAAGAUUGGGUCAGAGUUGUAGCUGAUGUUAAAUAA